AUGCCGCAAACGGGAUCUACACCCGGAGAAACAGCUAAAUUAUCAGCUGACCCCCAGGAGGAGUCGGCCGAAAGUGCCGAAAGUGCCGAUGAUGAAAUCAAUGAAUUCAAUCAUCAUACCAAUGGAAUUGAAUUCCACGGCAGUACCUCGUCUGCGGCUGCUAUCGGCCAUUUACAGAAAGCAAGAGACCCAAAGCCUCGCGAGGAUCGCUAUCCAACGACUACGGAUUUUUCAUUGAUUUCGACCUUGCAUAAUCCAAGCUUCUCCCCAUCAACUACCGGACCUGGUCAGCUGACCGCCAUCGAGCAACAUAACUACUAUUUUGACCAAGCGCAUGUGUUUAUGAAUGGCUAUUUCGAGAAUAUACAUUUUAUCCAUCCGUUUAUCGACAAAGAGGAUUUCUUAAUUCGUGCCAAUGAACUUUGGUUCAAUCGAGCACACUCUCCCGAACCCAGCUUUGUGGCACUCUAUUUGAGUGUCUUGUCAUUUGGAUCCUUAGUGCGAGUAUGGGACGAGGAUACCCUUGCCGGCUUAGGGCGUUUUGAGUGGAGCCGCAAACUUUUUGGUGAAGCCCAGGCAUAUCUCAAUUAUUUACGGUUCUCAAAUGAUCUCGAAACUGUUCAGUGCCUCUAUCUAAUGGCCAAGAUAUGUCAAAAUGAACUCAAUCCCAAUUUCGGUCGACCGGAUACAUUAGGAAUGGAUGAAUACCACAAUCGAGCUAUGCCAGAGCGAGAUGACGCUGAAUAUGCCAUCAUUCCUUGGAUGAUCGACUUCGCUCAAAUUAUCAGGCGUGUCUCGGUUCAAAUAUAUCAUUCGCGCAUCACAUUACAAGAGAAACUUCAUCUGGGCCUUCAGAUCGAAAUGGAGAUGGACCGUUGGCUUGCCCGAUUGCCGGAAAAAUUAAGGCCUGAUAUAGGUACAGACAGGCCAUCUCGCAGCGCUCUCCGUGAUCCAAAAUGGGCAAGAAGGCAACGGCUUGUCCUCGGAAUAAGAUAUUAUAAUGUGAAAAUGCUCUUGUUCCGCCCAUUCUUGAGCCACUUUACGCGAAAAUUGCGGCAUCCGCCAAGUGAGCUCGAUGUAACAAUUACCAAAUGUCUAAACGCAGCACAGAAGACCAUCGAGGUGAUCCAUGACAUUUAUCGAGUGCACACAUUUUUCCGAUGCUGGUGGUACAAUACUACUUAUGUGAUGUUCGCUACAUCGACUCUUCUGCUUCCAAUGUCAAAACUCGGGAUGUGCGAUGAAACGAUACCGCUACUUCGCUCUGUAGAAAUGGGAAUUGAGAUUCUCGAAGCUAUGGAAGAGUCUGUCGUCGCUAGGAAGUCCGUGGAAAUUAUUCGACAGUACUUACGAGAAUUCAGAGCUUCUGGAACGCAACAAACAACUGCGGCGGUCGGCGAAGGGAAUGAAGAGCUGGCUGCAUCUGAAGUCUCAGGACUUGCGCCUUCUGCCUUUGAAGUUCCGGAAUGGGCCUAUGGCUUUGGCUUCCCUGAUUAUUCCUUCGAAGGAAUCGCUAGGCUUUUUGAUGAUAUCGGCGGUCUGCCUAUGCUAGAUGGCUAG